CGCCGGGUACGCCCGGCCGGGAGAAUUGCACAUCUGAACUGGGACUGUGCCUCAGCAAACACUGGUGCCAGUACCGGGGUGAGGGUAGGGGUGGGUCUGGGAGGGGAGCCCAGCAAGUGUCUGCUGAGGAUCCGUGAAACGAUUCUCUGUUUUGUUUACCUGCUGUAUGGGAUGGGAGUUUGCAGGAGAGUGGUAGCGUGGUGGGUUGCUCCUCUGGUUUUGGUUGGUUGAUGUUUGGUUGUUUUUUUUUUUGUUAGUAUUUUGUUUUGUUUUGUUUUAUUUGAACUAUUUCUGGAGGUUUUGUGGCGUUUUCCUUUGGGUUAUUUUUUGUGUGGGGGGGUUUUUGUUUUGUUUUCUUUUUAAAUCAGCUGUGAAAAUGUUACAAAUCUGCACAAUUUUGGAGGUGUGAGUGUGAGUGUGUGUGAGAGGUUUCCUUUUUUGUUUGCCUUGUUCCUUGGCGGGUGGGAGCUGGUGAAGUUUUUGUUCCCAGGGGUUGUUUGGUCGAUUUUUUGUUUGUUUGUUUGUUUUGUUGAUUAUUUUUGUUUGCUUUUGUUUUGUUGAGUUGUUUUUUUUUUGUUUGGUUGAUUUUUGUUUUGGGUGUUUUUUUUAGUUGAUUUUUUGUUGAGGUUUUUUGUUUUGUUGAUUUUUAAUUUUGUUGGAUUUUGUUGAGUUUUUUUGAAUUGUUGAUUUUUUUGUUGCUUUUGUUGAGUGUUGAUUGUUGAUUUUUGUUGUUUUUUUGGUGUUGAUUUUUUUUUAGUUUUGUUGGAUUUUGUUGAUUUUUAUUAUGUUGAUUUUUGUUGAUUUUUGUUGCUUUUUUUGUUUCGUUGCUUUUUUGUUUCACUGGUUUUCGUUGAUUUUUUGUUUGGUUGAAUUUUGUUGCUUUUUUGUUUCGUUGAUUUUUGUUCCGUUGAUUUUUGUUGCUUUUUUGUUCCGUUGAUUUUUGUUGCUUUUUUGUUUCGUUGUUUUUUGUUGCUUUUUUGUUUCGUUGGUUUUUGUUUCGUUGUUUUUUGUUGCUUUUUUGUUUCGUUGGUUUUUGUUUCGUUGAUUUUUGUUGCUUUUUUGUUUCGUUGAUUUUUGUUGCUUUUUUGUUUCGUUGCUUUUUGUUGCUUUUUUGUUUAAUUGAUUUUUGUUUCAUUGUUUUUUGUAGCUUUUUUUGUUUUGUUGGGUUUUGUUGAUUUUUUGUUUUGCUGAUUUUUGUUUUGUUGGGUUUUGUUGAUUUUUUUGUUUUGUUGAUUUUUGUUGAUUUUUUUUUUUUGUUUCAUUGAUUUUGUUGAUUUUUGUUGGGUUGGUUUUUGUUGGGUUUCUGUUGGGUUGGUUUCCUGUUUCUUCCCCUCUGGGUUGGCAAUAACUGAUUUUGAUGACUAGCUCUCUACAAAGUGCAAAGACUUCCUAUAUGCGAUGCAGGGCCAACAGCAACCCUGUAUCCAUAGAGUGCCUUCAAAACUCAGCUGUUCCAGCCGGUGCCAACCUGUGAAAGCUCCACAGAAUCCCAUUAUCUGCUACCCCAAAAACUCCUUAACAGUUUCCUUGCAGUAAUCAUGCUGAGCAAGCCAGGACAAAAGGGCCUGUUGUUAGUGGAAUUUAUUUCUUAUUUCCAUCUGAGCCUUUUAACUUAUUUCCAUGUCUUGCAAGUUUGGCCUUCGUUUACUUCAAAUUUACAAGAAUUUAGCCUUUUUUGGGAUUUUGGAGGGGUGGACUUUCAUUUUCUUUUUGUUGUCUUUCCUUUUAAAUUUAUUUUAAUUUUCUAUUAUUUUAUUUUGUUUCCCUUGCCUCUGCUUCCCUUGCCUCUGCUUCCCUUGCCUCUGCUUCCCUUGCCUCUGCUUCCCUUGCCUCUGCUUCCCUUGCCUCUGCUUCCCUUGCCUCUGCUUCCCUUGCCUCUGCUUCCCUUGCCUCUGCUUCCCUUGCCUCUGCUUCCCUUGCCUCUGCUUCACUUGCCUCUGCUUCCCUUUGCUUUAGUAUUUUCUUUUAGUUUUUUAUUCUUUAUUUUAUUGUUUUAUUUCCUUUUUAUUUCCUUUUUUCCCCUUUUAUUUUUCCCUUUUUCCUCUUCCUUUUUUUCCUUUCUCCCCCCUCCUUUUUUUUUUCGUGUUCCCUUUGGUUUUAUUAUGGGAUGUCCCUCCAGCCAGCACAGAAGGAAAUCUUCUCUUUGUUGAUGUACCAAGAAAACUCUGCUGACUGUCAUUUGAAUUCCAGACAUGCAUUCAGGAGAUGUCUAUCCAUCUGAAGAGUUUUAAUACAAAUGCUGUUUUUUAGAAGACAACUUUGUGCUCUUUUUAUCUGCCACAUGAAACACUGAACUUUCCCACCUAGGCUGGCAAUGUUGAGUUCUGUCUUAGUAGAAGCAAAAGGCAUGGGGGUGGCCUCCACUUAGCUAAGGGCUGUGUUUUAAAGAAGGAAAGACAAAGGCCAGCCUUGCUGGUUUACCUGCUAUUUAGUUGGUUUUAAUACCCUUUUUCAUCCCUGUUUAGGUGCUGACCCUGUGAAACCAGUGUGUGACUGGAAGGCUGUGCUCAGCAGGCAGCUUUAGGAAGGCAGGUUGGAGUCCAUGAUCUCUGGAGGGCCCUUCCAACCCUCAGCGUUCUGUGGUCUGUGACUGAGAGCAUCAGGAGAGCUCCAGAGCGUUUCAAGGAGUUCUGGGGUGGGCUCUGCCCUCCAGCCCUGAAGCUGUACCCAGGGCAGCAGUGUCUGGAGCUUGGUCUGACCUUCUCAGCAGAGAGGAUAGAGGAGAAGCAGAGGCAGAGGAGGAGAAGCUCUCUGUGACCUCAGCAGAGAGGACAGAGAAGGAGAAUCUCUCUGAGGCCUUCUCACAGACAGACUUGGACUGCACUCUGUCCUGGAGUGAGAACCAGCUCCUGGCUGUCACACAGGUCACAGGAGUGACCCUGGCUUGGACUCCACUCUGCCCUGGGUGAGGACCUGCUCCUGGCUGUCACACAGGGGCCCUUGUGACUGAAAUCCAAGGAUCAGGAGCUUUGUCCUCACAGAAGUGCUGCAGCAGAACUGGAGUUCAGUAAGGUCUGGAGCAAAAGGCAGUGACUAAUGCUGGGACCCAGGCAAAGGCUGACAGAAAGCAAGCGUGGAAAGGAAGAUUUGGCUGAGUAAGCAAGGAGGAAGAGCCAAAGGUUUUCCAGAGAAAUUUUGAAUGCAACUGCAAAAGAAGCCCUUUGACACCACACGACUCCAGAGAUGUGCAUUUAACAGCACACAGCUUGCUGGGAUGGAGCCAGGCAAAAUCUUCUGAGAGCUACAAAGAAACAUUCUUGCUGUAGGUCUGAAGCCUGUGGAGCAAUCAUGUCUGCAUCUUGCUGGGGGUGAAAGCAAAGUGCCCUCUCGGCCAGGUGUGAGGAAACAUCUUCAGCCUAAGCAAGCUUCCCCUCUGCCCAGCUGCUCAGCCAUUUCCUGAAGGUCACUGAAAUGUAAAUGACCCAAAUGCUUCACACCUGUUUGGGUGGCAAAAAAAGCUGAGGGGGAAGGCCAAGAUGAACAGGAACCUGCUGCAUAGCUUUCGAGUGCCUCCCUGUCCCAGCUCCAAACUUCCCAGGAGCAUCUUCAGAACCCGCGGGCUGCCGCCAGUAGGAACUGCAUGGACUGCGAAACGGCCCUGGGCGCCUGGCGGCUGCGCCCGACCCGGCCUGGAUGUCGCUCCUGGCCGCGCUGCACAGCGAUCUUUGCCAGCACCGAGGGAGCGGGCGGCGGCGAGCGUUGCGGGGCAGGCGGUGCUGCCGGGGCCCGAGGAGCGGGCGAUGGAUGCCGAGGCCUUGUUCACCGACGAGAAGGCGGCGGCGGCGCCGCGGCUGAAGAGGAGAUCGACCCCCCGGCCGCAGCCCCUCGCCUGGAGCAAAGCCCGGCCUCAGUCGUACCAGAGCCCCAACGGAGUGCUUUUCACCGACUUCCCCGUGGAGGACAGGUGCACCUUCACCGUGACUCAACCCGCCGGCACCGUCAGCACCUGUCCGGGCAGCGCGGCGCUCCGCAGGGGCCCCUCGCCUUUCGGCGCCGGCAACGGAUCGGUGUCCAACGGCGAGGUGCGGCCUCCAGCCCGUAACGCGGUCUCCCCGGAGCGGCCCUCCCAGGUGCCCGCUCCGGUCUCGGACAGUUCCGCGGGGUUUGCUGCCAACGGUGCCGUGCCCUCGGCAGGAAGCCGGCCGGGGCCCCCGCUGAGGACCUGCAGCCAGGCCGCGCUCACCCCGCAGCAGGAGCAGAUCGUGUUCGCAGCCAGCCCGCAGCCUUCGCCGGCCCCCGCUGUCGGCGACGCGGCCGCGCUGCCCUCGCAAUGCAGCCGCCUGGCCAGACCAGCGGAGAAAGCGCCGCCGGGGACCCCCGCGGGGACCCGGGCCGUGUCCCCGGAGGAAGGAGUAACCGCGGCGAGCCCGGCGUCCCCUGAGGAGGAGCCCCCGGGGCCGCAGCCCGUGGUGCUGAGCACCCACAGCCCCGCCGCUCUCAAAGUGGGCACGCAGCAGAUCAUUCCCAAGGGCUUGGCUUCUGAAACCAAGGUGACGAGCAAAGGCAGCGGCCAGCAUGCGGAGCCCGGCAAGAGGGUGCUGAAGGCUCGCAGCAUGGUGGAGAGCCCCAGCCUGCCUUUGAUGGCCGAUGCUGAGGAGGAGGCCGAGGGCGAGCUGGAUAGCCCCGGGACCCUGCGGCGGGGCCUGCGGUCCACAUCGUACCGCAGGGCCGUGGUGAGCGGUGUGGACUUCGACAGCUCUUUGAACUUUAAGAAAAAAAACAGAAUGUCUCAGCCCAUCCUUAAAGCGGUUGUUGAGGACAAAGAGAAAUUUGCCAGCCUGGGCAGGCUGAAGCAGAAGAAAAUGCUGAAGGGACAAGGGACAUUUGAUGGGGAAGAAAAUGCUGUGCUGUAUCAGAACUAUAAAGAAAAAGCUCUGGACAUAGAUUCUGAUGAAGAGUCUGAGCCCCAAGAGCAGAAAUCAGAUGAAAAGGUUGUUUUUCACCAUAAGCCUCUGAGGUCGACGUGGAGUCAGCUGUCGGUGGUAAAGAAGAAUGGAUUAUCCGAAGCCAUCAGCCAGGAGGAAAGAAAAAGACAGGAGGCCAUAUUUGAAGUGAUUUCUUCUGAGCAUUCUUAUUUGCUGAGCUUGGAGAUUCUGAUCCGGAUGUUUAAAAAUUCCAGGGAGCUGAGCCUCACCAUGACCAAAACAGAGAGCCACCACCUGUUCUCCAACAUCACUGAUGUCUAUGAAGCCAGCAAGAAGUUCUUCACAGAGCUGGAGGCCAGGCACCAGAGCAGCAUCUGCAUCGAUGACAUCAGUGACAUAGUGGAGAAGCAUUCCUCAGCCUUCGACCCCUACGUCAAGUACUGCACCAACGAAGUCUACCAGCAGCGAACGCUGCAGAAGCUGCUAGCCACAAACCCUGCGUUCAAAGAGGCACUGUCGCGGAUCGAGGCCCACGAGGACUGCCGGAGCUUGCCGAUGAUCUCCUUCCUCAUCCUGCCCAUGCAGAGGGUGACUCGGCUGCCCCUGCUGAUGGACACUAUUUGCCAGAAGACGCCCAAGGAUUCACCCAAGUAUGAGAACUGCAAGAGAGCUCUGAAGGAAGUGAGCAAGCUGGUGCGGCUGUGCAACGAAGGUGCCCGGAAGAUGGAGAGGACAGAGAUGAUGUACACCAUCAACUCCCAGCUGGAGUUCAAGAUCAAGCCAUUUCCCCUGGUUUCCUCUUCACGGUGGCUGCUGAAAAGGGGAGAGCUAACAGCCUAUGUGGAGGAGCCUGGCCUCUUCUCCAAAAGGACUAGUAAGCAGCAGGUGUACUUCUUCCUCUUCAAUGACGUCCUCAUCAUCACCAAGAAGAAGAGUGAAGAGAGUUACAAUGUGACAGACUACUCUCUGAGGGACCAGCUGGUGGUGCAGCAGUGCGACGGUGAGGACCUGACCUCCUCUCCUGUGAAGAACACCUCGACCAUGCUGUACUCACGGCAGAGCUCCGCAGCUCACCUCUUCCGGCUGGCAGUGCUCAGCAACCACGCCGGGGAGCGUGUGGAGCUGCUGCUGGGCACAGACACUCCGAGUGACCGAGCUCGCUGGAUCACAGCGCUGGGCCGGGACAGAGACAGGCAGACAACGGACAGGACCACUCUGACUCAGGUGGAGAUCACCCGGACCUACACAGCCAAGCAGUCUGAUGAGCUGUCUCUCCAGGUUGCUGAUGUUGUCUUAGUUUACCAGAAAGUAAACGAUGGCUGGUACGAAGGGGAGCGGCUGCGGGACGGGGAGAGAGGCUGGUUCCCCAUGGAGUGUGCCAAGGAGAUCACCUGCCGUGCCACGCUGGACAAGAACAUGGAGAGGAUGGGACGCCUGCUGGGCCUGGAGACCAACGUCUAGCGGAGCUUUGUGUCUUCCCAGCUCGCUACAGGAUUUGCACUAGCUGCUGGCAGCAGGGGCCCCGCAGCUCUCGAGGGAAGACAAGGGGCACCAAGGCAGAGAUCUAGGUAACAGAGCUCCGAUUUGGACACUUUGUCCCCUUUCUGGUUUGUGUUUUGAAAGCUCUGAAAUCUGUCUGAGGCAGUCACAGAUUUCAGCUUAGAAUGAGCUUUUCAGGCACUGGAGACCAGCCACACAUCUCUCUGACUCACGUUUCAGCUCUGGUUCCUCCAUCCUUCCCUCUGCCUUUCUUCUUGCAACAGAAGGCUGAAGAGCAGAACCUCACCCAGUCCUUUGAGCUGGAGGUGAACAGCAGCAUUCCCUAGUAAACUCCAGUGUUACACACCAGUACCAGAGUAUGGCAAUGCGACGCCUCCUGGUGUCACAGUCUGUGCCUAAGCUAAGCUAGAAAACCCAGUUCUAGAACGUCCUGUACUUCACACAGGACCCUACCUCUGCAGCACAAAGUCCCAGCUGUCCCAGGCUCGGAGAGAUGUUGACAAAGCUGCCCCAGGCUGCCAGAAAAAUCCAGGAGCGCACUACUGCAGGUAAUGCUGGGCCCUUGCUUUCAGAGCUCACCUUGGUGCUGCCUCACACCUGCUUGUCUCUGCUUUAGAUGAGACUCCUCACGGUUGCACUACACUCAACUACACCCACACAACUUUGGCAUCCACAGGUUAGCUUUUGAGUUUCAUGCCAACAACCACCAGUGCCUGUUGUGUGAAGGAAAUGCACUCACAAAGUAAGUGCCCCUGCAUCCCCUCUGUACAUAGGUGUGAGUUUGUAUUAUAGACCCCCUUGCCUUUCCCAGGACCAGCAGGUAAAACGCAGCCUCCCUGCUCAGUAACAGCGAGGGAGAGAGCUUCCUCUUGUUGAAAGGGGCUGUAUCUUUGAUACCAAUUGGUGACUGUAACAAAGUCCUGCAGGAAGGCAAUAAUUCUGUGCAAGAGCCUUCCCUUGGCAGCCUGACUGUGGUUCUGCAGCCAUGUAAAUUAAUUUAUAAGCAGACUGAUAAAAUAAUGAGAAGCUGUAAAUUGGACAAAGACUUAUUUAACGUAGUAAAAGUACUGCUAAUAUUUUAACAACAACUGUUAUUAUUCACAGGCAGGUGUUUGUUUAACAGCUGAAUGUAUAAAUCCAGACAUUAAUUUUAUUCAGAUUUUUUAAUACCCUGUAUAUAAUAUUUUUCGUGCCUAAGGUUUUCCAAAAAUGCUGUAAUGUUUUGUAAAGAGUCUUUCCCCCCCCCCCAUUUUUCCUAUUGUUGGACACAGUUCUUCAGGAAUUAAAGACUUUUGUGAUUUUAUAGGACAACAAUCAAUAAACCACUUUUAAAUUCUUACUAAAAA